AGAUCAACUGCAACUGAGAGAAAGAGAAAAACACAAGAGUGCAAAUUGAAAGUGGGCAUUUCUGUUACUGCUCGUUGCCGUUCUGUCAGGUUGAGGUUAGCUCAGAGAACAGUUUUGCCUACAGAGGAGACACCACUUUUCCGGUACCAACCUCAACCUCAAACGAUUAGCACAAAAGAUAAGAGGAGCAGAAAAAAAUCACUCAAACAUGCCACGACAGCGAAAGAGGCUGAGAAAAAGUGACAGUGGGAGUAACUGAUGUAGACAGGAAGUCUCUCAGAGAAGCAUCUGACAGAGAGAGUUCAGCCACCUGUGAGCUUCACAUACACUGUCAUUCAGUGACAGCAGUGAACUGUGAGAGAGGUGCAGGAGCAGAUUAUAGGUGGUGUAACUUUGUGCCGAUUCCCGAUGGCGUCUGGUCCUGGAAGUAGAGCAGAGGAACAGCCACCGAUGCUGCCUGUCAAACUGCACAGGAGUCAUUCCCACAGACACUUCAGUGAGUCUGACUGUGUUAUGCUCAGCCCUGUUGAACUCCAGCAUCAAAACUACGCAUGCAACGAAGUCUUUCCUGAACCCACUGAUUGUCAUGCAGCCCAGUGUCCCAUACACCAGCGCUACGAUGCCUCCCGACACCAGAUGAGAUUUUUUUCCGAUGGCACCCCGCCGCCUAUUCCAAAGAAGAAGUUAGCUCGCACCUUCUCCCUCCCCAGCACCGAUGUGCCUACAUUCGCUCCUCUGUCUCCGCUGCAAAGACAACCUCAAAACUUUGACAACCCCCUGUACAUACUGGCACCCAUAUCAGACACCAGUUUCCAAGAGGAGAUGGAAGAGUUUGAACCAGUCAGAGGGAGUCCUGUCCCCUUACUGUCCUUCUCCCAGCUGUCCUUUGACACCCCAGACGAACAUCUGGCCUACCUCUUCAGCAGCUUUGACGACCAGAGGGUUGUCUUUCAGGGGAUUCAGCAUCGCCAUCUGCUCUUCCUGAGAAGUAUGGCACAGAGUGUGGAGGCUGGGAUCCUGCUGGCCUCAGAGAGGGACAUUAGCUCAUACCAACCUGAGGAUUUCCUGCUUUGUGAGGGCAGCAAACCAAAUCAGAUCGGAGAAGCAGUUUAUUACAGCCUGCACAGCCCCAAGUUCCCAGGGAGGGUGCUUGGUUUAAGGGUGCACAAACAGACUCAUGAAGCUUCCUCAGCUCAGACCAAGCACCAGCCAUCACAUGUCAACGUGCAAGCAGUUACAGCUCAUUUCCAACCAAUCAGCAACCCGAGGAACGAUUUCAUCACGUGGCAAAGUCAAGAUCCCUCUUGUCCUUUUAAACCAGGCUGCACAGAUGGCAAACCACCAGAUGGAGGCAGCACUGAGUAUGCCACAGGUUGUAUGAACACACAGUGUUUCCUCAUGAGAGGACACUCAGUGAGCGUUGAGAGAGAUCUGCCACAUGCCACACUUGAGGACUUUGUUCAGGAGAGCACAGCUUGUUUGGAUUAUGACAGACAGGUGUGUGUUCUGUUGCUGCAGAUAUUAACGGGCUUGCAACAUCUGCACAUCAGUGCCUCUGCAGCUAAGCUUAAACCUUGUGAGAUCUUUUUAGUAUGGCCUAACAGAGAAGGGGAAGACAGGGGAAACAAACUAGAACAGGAUGAAACGAAGACCAGCAGACUGAAAGAAGAAAUGGAGUUGACAGGAGGAAAAGGAAAGAUCCAGAUGUUAUGGAGGACACAUGGUUCCCCUCGUGUGCUGUUAACUCCGCUAUCAUCCGCUCUUUCUGUACCCAACCCCAGCAUCUACAUCAAAUCUCAAAUUGGAGCCCUAAUUCAAUACUUCCUUAGCUCACAGGAGACAUCUCUGUCCAAGUCCUUGCACCGAAGAGGACUUCUUUAUCUGGCCUCUCUGCUCCAGAGUGAGAGCAGCGGGCCACAAAUGGCAGACAUGGUGGCCAUGCUUCAGGUGCUCCUCUGGGGGCCACGUGUCCCGCUCUUUGACCACAAACACCCUAUGAUCACCGCUGUACACAACUGGCUGACAAUCAAACGAGCUCUGCUGGUGAUGAAACUGGCAGAAAGAGGGCUGAUCCAGGAUCAGUCUGCUCUGGAUUGGGAGGACUGUAUGUGCCUGCGUUAUCUGGCAUUUACAGACUCUGAGACAGCGGUGAGCGUGACCACUAAGCUGUGGCUCACGCUGAAUGUGGACUGACAUUUAUAGUCAAUAUGUGGAAGUCCAUCUUGAAAUGAAGCCGUUCCUUUGUUGACUCUUGUGUAGUUACAGUAUUAAGCUGGUCUGAAAUACACUAAGAAAGUGUACACUGCUUCCAUCCUUCCUUUAAGGCUGUUCAUAUACUGCUCUUCAUAAUGUACUAAUCUAAUAAACUGCUCCAGCUUGAAUGAUUGAA